ACAACACAAUGUGAGGCAGACGGCAGACAGCUAUUCAGAAUCGGCAUCAGUCGGACCUUGUACGUGGACGGGGUCACUUCUUACCUUCGCAGACAAUCUUAGCACUGCUUUAUCAGUCAUGACGAUCGCUUCCAAACUCUUGAGGCGCACUUUAAACUGCGUGAAGCUUCAAUCAAGUGGAUUGAGCAGCAAACCUCAGUUGACAUCGGAACAGAUAUUUGCAAGAGAAGACAAAUUUGGAGCUCACAACUACCACCCAGUACCCGUCGCUUUGUGCAAGGGUCAAGGAGUUCAUGUAUGGGAUGUGGAAGGAAAAAAAUAUUUUGACUUCCUGAGUGCUUACUCUGCUGUCAACCAAGGCCAUUGUCACCCGAAAAUUGUUAGCACUCUCAAGCAACAGGCAGAUGUCCUCACUCUUGUCUCUCGAGCAUUCUACUCUGAUGUUCUUGGAGAGUAUGAAGAAUACAUCACCAAACUUUUUGGCUAUGACAAGGUUCUCCCAAUGAACACAGGAGUGGAGGGAGGAGAGACGGCAUGCAAGUUGGCCCGUAAGUGGGGGUACAAGACAAAGAAAAUCCCCAAAGAUCAAGCAAGGAUCAUAUUUGCUGAGGGAAACUUCUGGGGCCGCACACUCUCUGCAGUAUCUAGCUCUACAGACCCCACCUGCUAUGAAGGGUUUGGUCCGUUCAUGCCUGGCUUCUCCAUCAUCCCCUACAAUGACUUGGCUGCCCUGGAGAAGGAGCUAAAGGAUCCAAAUGUUGCGGCUUUCAUGGUGGAGCCGAUACAGGGUGAAGCAGGGGUGGUAGUUCCGGACGAUGGAUACCUGAAGGGCGUAAGAGAUCUAUGUACCAAACACAACGUGUUGUGGAUAGCAGAUGAAGUGCAGACAGGACUCUGCCGCACCGGUCGCAUGUUGUGUGUUGAACAUGAGGGUGUCAGGCCUGACAUCCUUAUCCUCGGAAAAGCACUUUCUGGUGGUGUUUACCCGGUGUCAGCAGUUUUAGCUGAUGAUCCUAUAAUGUUGAGUAUCCAGCCAGGAGAGCACGGGUCGACAUAUGGUGGGAACCCCUUAGGCUGCAAGGUGGCCAUGGCUGCAAUGCAAGUAUUGGUGGAUGAGAAACUUGCAGACAACGCAGAAAAGCUUGGGCAGAUAUUGCGUUCAGAACUGAAUAAACUGCCCAAGGAUAUUGUCACCAAAGUUCGCGGCAAAGGUCUUCUCAACGCUGUUGUCAUAGACAAAAAGUACAACGCUUGGGAUAUUUGUCUGAAACUUAGGGAGAACGGAUUGUUGGCAAAACCCACUCAUGGGGAUAUUAUUAGGUUCGCACCACCCCUCGUCAUCACAGAACCAGAACUCAAGGAGUGUAUCUCCAUCAUCACCAAGACUAUUCUCUCACUUAAGUAAUACUUUUUGUUACCAACGCAUGUUAAGCGUUGAAAUUUUAUAUUCAUGUAUGUAUUUUUACAUCAACGCCUUUAUACUCAAUUUUGUUAUUGUAAUUAUUGUUAUUUAUUCUGCCUACUUUUACUGGCACAUUUCUAAAUCAUUUUGAAGGUUUUAAGAUUUUUUUAAAAUAAAUUGCUUUGCAAUUUCUUAGAAAUGAUUAAAACUCUGUUGUUUUAAUGAAUUACAAAUGGAAAAUGUCAAUUUACCUGAACUAUUUUCAUUCAUAGUCAAGAUCCAUGAGAUAAUUAUAAAUAGAAUAAAAGUAUAAAUAUAUUGUUUUCUUCCACAGUAGAGUAACAACUGUGGGUUUUUAUGGUACAAUAAAUUAGGCAUAGUUUGGUAUUUAAAACAUCUCCAUGUUGCAUUUCAAAUGUAAUAUUUUAAACCUAGUGUAAAAGAAUAUUUUAAUAUUGAUGUUUGUAUUCUGUCCUUAAAAUUACCAAAGUAUUAUUAUGGUUGUUGAUACUUGUUUAAAAUAAAAAUUGUAUCUUAAAUGUA